GCUGUCUUGAUGCUGGGUGUCCCUGGACAGAGGAGGAUCUGGGAAGAGGAUCCAGUCUGGUUUUCCCCUCUCACGCAAGGGAUAAGCCCUUCUGGCAGCAGGCUUCAAGGGGACCCUGUCUUGGGAAGGGUUGUCAGAGUGCAGAGGCAGUGGCAAGAAAUGCUAAUGAAUCCCAUUCCUUCCCGCUGGGGAGUUUGGGAAUGAAGCCCAGGAGGUAGAGGUAUCUGGUGGGAAAGGGACUAUCUGCAUCUGGCAUGGUUCCUCCACUGCAAUAAAGGAGGCACCCUUGGAUCCCAUCCUCAGCCAGGUUCAAUAAUGUCCUAUUAUCUUACCCAGCAAGGGUCAUUAAGUGAGGUUAUGUGGCAGGUUUAAAGAUCAGCAGUGUUACCUGCUGCAAUGCAGCUUAAUGGGAAAACUGCUUUGUUUCCAUUUGAUUUAUGCCUACACACACAUGGGCUUGGUUCCUUAUGUGGGGUUGCCACCCUCAUUCAUGUCUUGUGGCACCAGUGACCCAGUCUUCCAGCUUGAAUGGAUCCAGUUAAAAGAACUGAAUCCUUCUGUGGAUACUCAACAAGUUAUCUAGUGACCUGCAGAUUUAUAGGUAUGGCAGGCAGUCCAGUUGCCUGUUUGACCCUCCCAACAUAUCGCUGAAAUGUGCUGCCCUUGCCGUGAAUGUUCAGCUCAGCUUAAAAUGCUUUGCUGUUUGGUAGAGAGUGUUACACAACUUUCGAUUUCUGUGCCCUUCUUAAUUAAGUAUUAGAAUCAGCAUUUGGGAGAGGAAGCUUUAAUUACUUGAGGUGCUUUGUUUCACUGGAUCUGAAUACCAUUUAAUCCAUUGCCUUUCAAGUUGUCUGAAGAUGAGUAGCACUGAAUACUUCAGAGCAAAGGAUCUUCAUGGAAAAAUCAAACUCUAUGAAGUCUUACACUGCAGUUUUCAUUCUCCUGUGGGGCACUAUCGGGAUAGCCAGGGCUGCCAAAAUCAUUGUUGUGCCGCCAAUUAUGUUUGAAAGCCAUCUAUAUAUUUUCAAGACUCUGGCCUCAGCUUUGCAUGACCAAGGUCACCAGACAGUCUUACUGCUCUCUGAGGGCAGAGAAAUCCCUCCAUCUGAUCACUAUAGACUCCAGCGUUACCCAGGGAUCUUUAACAGCAGCACUUCGGAUGAUUUUCUUCAGUCCAAAAUGAGGAAUAUAUUUUCUGGAAGACUGACGAUACUGGAACUAUUUGAUAUCCUGGAUCACUAUUCUAAGAACUGCGACAUGAUUGUGGGCAACCAAAAUCUAAUGCAUGUUCUGAAACAGGAGAAAUUUGACCUGCUGCUGGUGGAUCCUAAUGAGAUGUGUGGAUUUCUUAUAGCUCACCUUUUAGGGGUUAAAUUUGCUGUUUUCUCCACUGGUCUUUGGUAUCCAGCAGAAGUUGGUGCUCCGGCUCCUUUAUCUUAUGUUCCAGAAUUUAACUCGCUUCUCACAGAUCAUAUGAACUUCCUGGAAAGGAUUAAAAAUAUUGUUGUUCAUCUGGUUUCGAGACUGGGAGUCAAUUUUAUGGUUAUGCCAAAAUAUGAAAUGAUACUGCAGAAAUACAAGGCUUUGCCAGAGCGGUCAAUGCAUGAUUUGGUUCAUGAAUCCAGCCUGUGGAUGCUGUGUACUGAUGUAGCACUGGAGUUUCCAAGACCCACGCUACCAAAUGUUGUUUAUGUGGGAGGAAUCCUAACGAAGCCGGCCAGUCCUCUACCAGAAGACCUCCAAAGCUGGGUGAAUGGUGCUAAUGAAAAUGGCUUUGUCCUUGUCUCAUUUGGAGCUGGAGUGAAAUAUUUGUCAGAAGAUAUAGCAAAUAAGUUAGCGCAAGCCCUGGCAAGAUUGCCUCAGAGAGUUAUUUGGAGGUUUUCAGGAAACAAACCGAAGAACUUAGGAAACAAUACAAAACUUAUAGAAUGGCUACCGCAAAAUGACCUCCUUGGUCAUGCUAACAUUAAAGCCUUCCUUAGUCAUGGUGGUUUGAACAGUAUUUUUGAAACCAUGUACCAUGGGGUGCCUGUGGUAGGAAUUCCCCUUUUUGGAGACCAUUAUGAUACUAUGACCCGCGUACAGGCCAAAGGCAUGGGAAUAUUAUUAAACUGGAAGACAAUUACUGAGGGUGAAUUGUAUGAAGCUCUUGUGAAAGUCAUUAACGAUCCCAGCUACAAACAACAGGCCCAGAAGCUGUCUGAAAUUCACAGAGACCAACCUGGGCAUCCUGUUAAUCGGACAGUAUACUGGAUUAACUACAUCCUCCGCCACAACGGAGCACAUCAUCUGCGUGCGGCUGUUUACAGCCUGUCUUCAUAUCAGUAUUUCUUACUGGAUAUCACCUGUGUUGUAUUACUUGGUGCAGCCUUAUUUUAUUACAUUUUGGCCAGGAUUGCAAAGUUUAUUCGCAAAAAGAGCAAACAUCUUUGGUCAUGUGAUGAACAUAGCACCGUUAAUGGACAUUACCAAAAUGGGAUCCCAAAUGGCAAAUAUAGAAGAAAUGGCCACAUUAAACACGAAAAAAAGGUGAAAUGAGCCAACCAUCUGUGUACAGUAGUAACGAAUCAGAUCCAUAAUUGAAUUUUAUCGCUGUAACUUAGUCUAACAACUACUUAAAAUAAAACCUCAAUAAACAGUUCUAACACUCCCCUACAACAUGUAAUUUUAUGUGAUGGAAUUCUACAGAACUAAGAAAAGUCUUAAAACAAAAAAAAAGCACAACCUAAAAUAGAAAAUGUAUUAUAUUCUUAAUACUGAUGCAGAGAGGUUAUUUUGGCACUGAUGUUUUUAGAAGCCUUAAUUCUCCAAAGUAAUUCAAUGACCAUAUUUAUGAUUUCUCAGUUUUUAUAUCUGAAUGUGUGUGUCCCAGAUAAGGAAAGGUUUCUUUUUUACGCGCAAAGUUUUCCUUUUUUGUAAUAUAUCCAUCUGUUAGCUUAACGGAUUUUAGAGCCAGCUCUGUGUUAUAUUGGUUGAAGGUUUGACAUGUUUAUAAGAAUGAUGUUUAAAUAAAGUAAUUUUUACCAGUGGUUGACACGCAGCAAUUAACAAGUUGCAGAUUGAGAAAGCAGCCAUAGAAAAGAACACUCUCAAAAAUGAGCACUGAAAAAAAAUGGUAAAAAUUGCAUUUUUUUCUCUCCUAGACCUCUUUUCUCUGACUGCUUUAGAGAAAAGGAUGAGAGCGCAUACAAGAAGUUAUCAUUUCUUAUUUAUUUACAUUUUUGUGUUACCUAAAUUAUUUAUGCUCUCCAUAAAAAAAUGCAAUUUAAGUUUUUGUGCUUUUCCCCCCAUUAAUAAUAUGCCUAUGUGGGUAAAAUUAUAAUUAAGAAAAACAUAAUUAAUUCAUAAAAUAGAAAAAAUAUCUGGCCUUGAGUUCAGUCUAAAAGGUUUUACUUCAGCCUUGGAGUAAUUCAGGAUCAAACCAUUAUUUGGGGUUUGUUGAAAAAAAAAAGUUGAAUGUCUUUCCUAUGAAUUAUUAUUAUGUUAUUAUUAAGUUUUUUCUAAAUCACAAUGUUAUCAAUGUUCUCUUUCAAUAGUUAAAACUGGAAAAAAUAUUACCUUAUACCGGUCUGGGCCACACAAUCCAUGUUAUAUAGUUGCCAACAUAUAAUUCUCUGAAAGUGGGAUGGAAGCUAUUCUCUGGGUUGGUAACCAAUGUAUACUUAGAGGUUUGAUAUCAUGUAUGACAUUAAACCUAGCAAACUGAGCAUAAAGUUCAUAGAGAUUGCCUCUUCCUUUCCCCGCUACGGUCCCUCCCCACAACAAUCUCUUUCAAUCAUUGUAGCUGACAUGGGACUUUUAUUGUUUUCAAAUUGAGGGUGGCGAUGCAGAGCAAUGAGCAUAAAAUCAUAACUGCCCUGCUGAACCAAAGUUGGCAACUAUGAGCUUAUUUCCAUGUCAUUCUGUUUACUUGGAAUUUGCACUACACAUGUUGUGAGAGUAUGCUUUAUUUAUUUGUAGUUUGAAAUCCCAUGUCUGGAAGAGAAAAGAAAGAUACCCAUUUAUCUAGUGUUGUUCACUAACAUGGGAGAAGUUGUGAUAAUUACAGAACGCUGAGAUCAUCUUCAUACAUAGUGAUGUAAUGCUUCAUUAUCAUUCCAUCAGGAGCCUCUAUCCUAUAGCAGUAAAUAACAUUACAAAUAUGUUUCCAAUGUACAGUACAGAUAUUUGUACUGCUUUCUGAAUACUUGAAGAAUAUGGUAUUAUAAAUAAGCCUGUUAGUUAUAUCUUUUUACAAUCCUAUCGGUAUGUGGCAACUAAAGGAACAUAUAGAGGCGAUGAGUGGUGGGAUGUUAAAAGGACUUAGAGUGUAUGAAUGGGUUGGUUUUAAUGUUUUUUGGCAUUGAAGAAGGUACAAAAGCACUGACCGGAUGAUUAAGCAUAAUUUAAUCUCCACUGUGAUAAAACUUAAGCAAUAAACAUGGAUUUAAUAGAGAAAA